AUGUCAAGCCCAGGCCAAUUUCCGUAUGCAUUCGUGGCAGCCAUGGCCGCUGUGGGUGGUGAGCUGAAAAGUGUCGUUCAGCACCUGCGAGCUUUGCAGAGAAGAUUGUGCAGACGCAAAAGACUUGAGCUUGCCAAGGAGGAAGGAACUAGCGACCCCCGAGAGCAUGUGAUGCUCAAAGUACAGCCUACUGCAACAUCUGUUUUGGCUGUUUUCGAGUUGAGCGGCAGAAAUUCUGCUUGUGCUGCACGCUUUUUGGCGGCCAAGAACAAGUUGAAUGUGGCAGAGGCUUCCUUGUCAAAUUCUUUAGCUUCUGCAAUUGAAGAUGCCUAUUUGCAGGUGCCUUUCGAAACCAUUGUGGGCCUCUUAGAUAGUCCCACAUGCCCACGCCACCGUCGUGACUUGUUUGUGGCGGGUCGCUUUAUAGUUGAAACGCAGCUAUACACAUGGCUGCUUGCCCAAAACAAGAAAGGGGUUGCACCUGGGAGGCAACAAUUAGUAGCAGAAGCGUGCAGGCUGACUCCAAAGGAUUUGCCGCAUGAUGUGGCAGCCAUGCUGGAGCAGUACUGGAAAGGCAAUGGACGCGCAAGGUCACAAAGAAAGUGGUUGCGCCGCUUUCGUUUUGAACAUGGUCUACAGUUGGGCCGCGUGCGUGUGCAGGCAGUGAUGCCCCUAGCAGACAUGCAGCGCAAGGCGAAAGCUUUUUGGAGAUGGAGCAACUACGUUCAUGCACAAUCAAGCAGCUCGGGUCCUCUUCUCUUGCUGAACAUGGACGAAACUUCCAUUGCUUUGAAGCCAACCGCGAAGGUUGGCACUGCCGCCCGGGGCUUCACAGGGCACAAGGCUGUAGAUGCCGCAUCUUUGGCUGAGACGCGGGCUCGGUUCACAUUGAUGUGCACGAUUUGCAAUGACACGUCUGUGCAGCCAUUCCUUCCGCAGGUUCUCCUCACGAACGGUCGGUUUCUUGGAAAGAAGGCCAAAGUGGAGAAACUCAGGGGCAAUCUGUCCGUUUGGACCCAGAAAAGCGCUUGGUCAUGCCAUGCUACACUGAGACGAUAUAUUUCUUUGCUUGGAUUCAAGCUCAAGGCUGCAGCUCCGGGCCGUGACUAUGCACUACUUCUAGAUUGCGCGCCUUCUCACUUGCACGGUUCCAUUAAAAGGCAAGCGAAGCUCAACCAUAUUCGUUUGGUCUACAUUGCAGCUGGGCUCACACGUUGCCUUCAACCAGCAGACACAGAUCUAUUUUCGCGGCUGAAGGAGAAAAUCGCAGAGCUAUAUCGUUCACAGCAAUCAAUGAGUGUGGACGGAAAGAUUUCGCCUGCCCAAUGGCUGGAGAUCUUGGGUUCAUCUUUACAAUCAAUUCUACCAGCUGUGAAAUGGAGCCGGGCCUUCGCCAAGGUUGGUGCUUCGAAUUGGCAAAAGGAUGUGCGCCAAUCUUUACUCUUUGAAUUCGGUUGGCCAAGUGUACCGACCAUCCCACCAGGGCCUCCGACUGAGUCGGAGGCCCGCGACAUUUUCCCUAAGGGAAGAAGUAAGCUGGAUGUUCUGUCCUAUGUGCAUUGGAAGCAGCCAGCGGCCAAAGGCCAAUUUCCGUAUGCAUUCGUGGCAGCCAUGGCCGCUGUGGGUGGUGAGCUGAAAAGUGUCGUUCAGCACCUGCGAGCUUUGCAGAGAAGAUUGUGCAGACGCAAAAGACUUGAGCUUGCCAAGGAGGAAGGAACUAGCGACCCCCGAGAGCAUGUGAUGCUCAAAGUACAGCCUACUGCAACAUCUGUUUUGGCUGUUUUCGAGUUGAGCGGCAGAAAUUCUGCUUGUGCUGCACGCUUUUUGGCGGCCAAGAACAAGUUGAAUGUGGCAGAGGCUUCCUUGUCAAAUUCUUUAGCUUCUGCAAUUGAAGAUGCCUAUUUGCAGGUGCCUUUCGAAACCAUUGUGGGCCUCUUAGAUAGUCCCACAUGCCCACGCCACCGUCGUGACUUGUUUGCGGCGGGUCGCUUUAUAGUUGAAACGCAGCUAUACACAUGGCUGCUUGCCCAAAACAAGAAAGGGGUUGCACCUGGGAGGCAACAAUUAGUAGCAGAAGCGUGCAGGCUGACUCCAAAGGAUUUGCCGCAUGAUGUGGCAGCCAUGCUGGAGCAGUACUGGAAAAGCAAUGGACGCGCAAGGUCACAAAGAAAGUGGUUGCGCCGCUUUCGUUUUGAACAUGGUCUACAGUUGGGCCGCGUGCGUGUGCAGGCAGUGAUGCCUCUAGCAGACAUGCAGCGCAAGGCGAAAGCUUUUUGGAGAUGGAGCAACUACGUUCAUGCACAAUCAAGCAGCUCGGGUCCUCUUCUCUUGCUGAACAUGGACGAAACUUCCAUUGCUUUGAAGCCAACCGCGAAGGUUGGCACUGCCGCCCGGGGCUUCACAGGGCACAAGGCUGUAGAUGCCGCAUCUUUGGCUGAGACGCGGGGUCGGUUCACAUUGAUGUGCACGAUUUGCAAUGACACGUCUGUGCAGCCAUUCCUUCCGCAGGUUCUCCUCACGAACGGUCGGUUUCUUGGAAAGAAGGCCAAAGUGGAGAAACUCAGGGGCAAUCUGUCCGUUUGGACCCAGAAGCGCUUGGUCAUGCCAUGCUACACUGAGACGAUAUAUUUCUUUGCUUGGAUUCAAGCUCAAGGCUGCAGCUCCGGGCCGCAAGCGAAGCUCAACCAUAUUCGUUUGGUCUACAUUGCAGCUGGGCUCACACGUUGCCUUCAACCAGCAGACACAGAUCUAUUUUCGCGGCUGAAGGAGAAAAUCGCAGAGCUAUAUCGUUCACAGCAAUCAAUGAGUGUGGACGGAAAGAUUUCGCCUGCCCAAUGGCUGGAGAUCUUGGGUUCAUCUUUACAAUCAAUUCUACCAGCUGUGAAAUGGAGCCGGGCCUUCGCCAAGGUUGGUGCUUCGAAUUGGCAAAAGGAUGUGUGCCAAUCUUUACUCUUUGAAUUCGGUUGGCCAAGUGUACCGACCAUCUCACCAGGGCCUCCGACUGAGUCGGAGGCCCGCGACAUUUUCCCUAAGGGAAGAAGUAAGCUGGAUGUUCUGUCCUAUGUGCAUUGGAAGCAGCCAGCGGCCAAAGGCCAAUUUCCGUAUGCAUUCGUGGCAGCCAUGGCCGCUGUGGGUGGUGAGCUGAAAAGUGUCGUUCAGCACCUGCGAGCUUUGCAGAGAAGAUUGUGCAGACGCAAAAGACUUGAGCUUGCCAAGGAGGAAGGAACUAGCGACCCCCGAGAGCAUGUGAUGCUCAAAGUACAGCCUACUGCAACAUCUGUUUUGGCUGUUUUCGAGUUGAGCGGCAGAAAUUCUGCUUGUGCUGCACGCUUUUUGGCGGCCAAGAACAAGUUGAAUGUGGCAGAGGCUUCCUUGUCAAAUUCUUUAGCUUCUGCAAUUGAAGAUGCCUAUUUGCAGGUGCCUUUCGAAACCAUUGUGGGCCUCUUAGAUAGUCCCACAUGCCCACGCCACCGUCGUGACUUGUUUGUGGCGGGUCGCUUUAUAGUUGAAACGCAGCUAUACACAUGGCUGCUUGCCCAAAACAAGAAAGGGGUUGCACCUGGGAGGCAACAAUUAGUAGCAGAAGCGUGCAGGCUGACUCCAAAGGAUUUGCCGCAUGAUGUGGCAGCCAUGCUGGAGCAGUACUGGAAAAGCAAUGGACGCGCAAGGUCACAAAGAAAGUGGUUGCGCCGCUUUCGUGUUGAACAUGGUCUACAGUUGGGCCGCGUGCGUGUGCAGGCAGUGAUGCCUCUAGCAGACAUGCAGCGCAAGGCGAAAGCUUUUUGGAGAUGGAGCAACUACGUUCAUGCACAAUCAAGCAGCUCGGGUCCUCUUCUCUUGCUGAACAUGGACGAAACUUCCAUUGCUUUGAAGCCAACCGCGAAGGUUGGCACUGCCGCCCGGGGCUUCACAGGGCACAAGGCUGUAGAUGCCGCAUCUUUGGCUGAGACGCGGGCUCGGUUCACAUUGAUGUGCACGAUUUGCAAUGACACGUCUGUGCAGCCAUUCCUUCCGCAGGUUCUCCUCACGAACGGUCGGUUUCUUGGAAAGAAGGCCAAAGUGGAGAAACUCAGGGGCAAUCUGUCCGUUUGGACCCAGAAAAGCGCUUGGUCAUGCCAUGCUACACUGAGACGAUAUAUUUCUUUGCUUGGAUUCAAGCUCAAGGCUGCAGCUCCGGGCCGUGACUAUGCACUACUUCUAGAUUGCGCGCCUUCUCACUUGCACGGUUCCAUUAAAAGGCAAGCGAAGCUCAACCAUAUUCGUUUGGUCUACAUUGCAGCUGGGCUCACACGUUGCCUUCAACCAGCAGACACAGAUCUAUUUUCGCGGCUGAAGGAGAAAAUCGCAGAGCUAUAUCGUUCACAGCAAUCAAUGAGUGUGGACGGAAAGAUUUCGCCUGCCCAAUGGCUGGAGAUCUUGGGUUCAUCUUUACAAUCAAUUCUACCAGCUGUGAAAUGGAGCCGGGCCUUCGCCAAGGUUGGUGCUUCGAAUUGGCAAAAGGAUGUGUGCCAAUCUUUACUCUUUGAAUUCGGUUGGCCAAGUGUCCCGACCAUCCCACCAGGGCCUCCGACUGAGUCGGAGGCCCGCGACAUUUUCCCUAAGGGAAGAAGUAAGCUGGAUGUUCUGUCCUAUGUGCAUUGGAAGCAGCCAGCGUUACUUCAUGAGGAACUCAGUGAAGUCAAGAGGCGCCGCACGGAACUGAAAGCGGAGCUGCGCGCGGCCUCCAAAGAGGUGGGCCAGCAGAACCUGCUGCAGGUGGUGCUGCUGGUGGAUGACUGCUACCAGCUGUGA